CUGAUGAGGGCGAGGAAGAGGUGUUUUUGCGCGAUACCGCGGCUGCUGCUGCUGCUGCUGGUGGCUCUGCGUCCUGCUGCUGCCAUUUCGGAUGAUCACACGGAGAUACCAGCAGCUCCCAUCAUAAGCUGAUGCGCGCACUCAGCAGCUAGCUUCGGUACUUUUUAAACCGUGAUGCCAGACGGGUUCAUGUGCGUCAUCUUAGGGGGGUUAUUUCUGUAAGUUGCUGCAUCACAGCUACCGACAGCCUCAGGGGUCAUUUUCAGGAGACACAAUCUUCAACAUGGAGCUUGUUUUUUACUGCAGCUGAGCUCUGAAUCAAGAUUAAACCCACAUGAGACAUGGAGACAAUAUGGCUGUACCAGUUCCGUCUGAUCGUCAUCGGAGACUCCACGGUGGGCAAGUCGUGUCUCAUCCGGAGGUUCACGGAGGGCCGCUUCGCCCAGGUGUCAGAUCCCACCGUGGGGGUGGACUUCUUCUCUCGCCUGGUGGAGAUCGAGCCGGGAAAGAGGAUCAAACUUCAGAUCUGGGACACUGCGGGGCAGGAGAGGUUCAGGUCCAUCACCAGAGCGUACUACCGUAACUCGGUGGGCGGCCUUUUGCUCUUCGACAUCACGAACCGCCGCUCCUUCCAGAACGUCCAUAACUGGCUGGAGGAGGCGCGGAGCCACGUCCAGCCGCACAGCAUCGUCUUCCUGCUCGUCGGCCACAAGUGCGACCUGGAAGCCCAGCGGCAGGUGACCCAGCACGAGGCGGAGAAGCUGGCGGCGGCCUACGGGAUGCGUUACGUGGAGACAUCCGCACGGGAUGCUAUCAACGUGGAGAAGGCAUUUGUGGAUCUGACGAGGGAAAUCUUCGAGCUGGUCCGAAACGGUGACAUCCAGAUCCAGGACGGCUGGGAAGGCGUCAAAAGCGGAUUUGUUCCCAACACGGUCCAUUCCUCCGAGGAGGUCACCAAAGGGAGUCGGCAGUGUUUCUGCUGAUGGAUGCAGCGCCGGAUCUGGAAAGUGGUAUAAAUAUAACCUCACCAGACUGAAGCUCUCUGCAGCUUUUUUUUGGGGGGGGGUGGAGAGAGACUGUUCCUCACUUUAAUCCUAUUGUACAUCUCCGACAAAUCAUCCAUUUAAAGCUACGCUCAGAUUCCCAACAAGUGUAGAAGCACAAGAACCAUCCUGACCGCUCACCUUUCCGUCUGCAUGUAAACGUGUGUCUGUAGCUUUUAGCGACACUGCAGCCACUUUAGGCCUUUUUUUUUCUCAAUUAGUAACUCCUGUGUCUGGUUAUGCUGUAGCCAAAGACUCAUACUGCCAGUUUGGUGUCUGUCAUCUGCUCAUGUAGCCACAUGAAUUCAGACUGGAACGAGGACACCGAGACUGAGCCUCAAGCACACCGCCAUCCAUUACGGAUGAAAACACUUUCACUGUCCAAGUGGACAACCUGUGCUACGAAUGUGACUGGAUUAUACAUGGAGAGAAGGUGCAGGACAAUAGAGGCAACCAAUUAAGCCAACAGUAGAGACGCUGCCGUUUGUUCGCCUCGAACCGCUGUUGGGAAUAGUCUGUGAGAAGGACCAUGAUCUGUAAGCACUCACUGACUGCCACUAAGACAAGAUUAUUGACACAA